AUGGAUGUCCUCGGUAACGACAAAAGAUGGCUUGUGACUCUUGUUACCUCAAAUAAGGUCGUAGCUCCAGUUUUACAGGAUAUCGUAAAACAAGAAAUGGACAAGCUGUAUACUUUGCUAGAUAAUCACCUUAAUGGCUUACCGACACCUUGUAGUCUACAAACACUGACCUAUGCAGAGGUAUGCCAUCUGGCAGCAACGUCAAGUCUUGCUUCUUCGCUUAAGGGCUUAAAUUUUGGAAAUAUUAACAACAAUUCAAGUGUUCAUGGAAAGAACAAAAAGACCUACAACUACAAUGUAAACAGCUCAGUUGAUCUUGCCAAGCUUUAUCUCCCAGACUACCUGGCAGUAUUCUCGGCAUUCGACAAAUCUAUGGAUUUGAGUGCCGCUCUUAGACUAUUGGGAUGUAGGAAGUAUCCCGUACAAAUAUUCGUUUCUUCCGAUCCUUUGCACGAUAUUCAGCCGUUGGCGGAUGAUGUCAGAGAGAAUGUGAGGAAUAGGGGAAGUCAUUUUAAAGAGAGCGACUGGACCCAAAUCUUCUUUGACCAGUGCUUUGACAAGUUAGAGGCUCUGAUUCAAUAUCUGCCACUGCUUCCCGACAAAAAAAAGGAGCUUUUGGAUGAACUUUCUGCAUGGAAAACAGAAGGUUUUAAGCGGAUUGUUGACAAUGACGUCAAAGAUCUACUUGAAAAAUUCCAAAACGUCAAACUUGCUCCAAUUAAUGACAAAUUGGACGACAUGCCAACUAAAGAGGAGAACGAAAGAGUGAUGGAAAAGCUGUCUUCCUUUCACACCAGUAUGAUGGAUAGAUUAGAUAGAAUGGAAUCCUUACUUCGAAAAGUUGAGCACAAGUUAGACGGCAUUAGCGUCAGUGCUCUACUUCAAAAGGGUAGCAAGAGUGUUCACUCUUCAGAAUCAAGCGUCUUAUCUACAGACACCACUUCCAAAGAAACCUACCAAAUGAGGGAAAAGGACAAAAACCCAGAAUUGACGUGUAAGCUUCGAGCGAAAAUUGCCAAAUUAUCAAGAAACAUUCUACACAAAGCUGCAAUCAGCGGUCGAUGUGACGUUGUCAAAUUUCUUCUUGAGAGUGGUGAAGAUGUGGACCAAACGGAUGAGUUUAAUUUAACGCCUCUUCACCUUGCCGCAUGGUAUGGGCAACGAGCUGUUGUUGAACUCUUGUUACAGCACGGUGCAAAUGUCAAUGCUGUAAAUAGGUUUCAAAAAACAGCGCUACAAAAAGCUGAACGCAACAAUCACCGAUCCAUUAUUGAGCUGCUUCUAAGGAAUAACGCGAGUCCCAGUUACAACCAACCGCUUAGCCUACUGUCCCUUUCAAGAAAAGCUUUUCUCCAUGUAGAUGCUCGAUCCGGCUUCAAUCGACUGCAGGCGGCUGUAUUUCACGGCGACUUAGACAUGUUCAAAGCUUAUGUACCCCUUGAAAAUUAUCCUCAUGACAUGAAUUUUCCAAAAACAGGAAGCCAUGCAAAGGUAUUUCCUGAAAAAAGUGCGUUAGAGAUUCUCUUGGCUCUCCAAGAUAAAGGAGGGAGUUAUAUUAUGGCAUUAAAACUGUAUGAAGACUACGUUGAGAUGACCGAUACAUUAACUAAGCUGCACUUGUGUCAAGACAACAGUGAUGUAGAGAAGGCUGUCGAGAUUGUUCUAAACGAGGGUGUGGAUAUAAACAUCCCAGGUAAAAGCAACCGUACGCCUUUAAUGUGGGCAAGUUCAUCAGCCUCUGGUGAGUUUAUUGAAACCCUCAUUGAUCUUGGAGCUGACGUAAAUGCUCAGAGGACAGACGACAAGAUCGCACCUUUGCAUUUGGCAGUUUGUUGCAACAACCACAUGGCCAUUGACAUCCUAUUGAUGAAAGGAGCUAAUGUGGAUAUUCAAGAUGCCGAUGGUCUCACCCCGCUUUAUAUGGCAGUCAGUAAUAAAAAAGAGCACCUGGUGAGGCGUCUUCUUGAAGGUAAUGCUGAUGUCAAUAUGAAUUACGCGGAGAAUGCAACAGAAAGAAUUUACCUUGUUCGUGGGAAGGACAGAGGGAAACAAGCUUGGCAUUAUGUCCUAGUAGAGAAAGCUUUAUUGCCCUUGUUCUUGAGGCGCACUAACGGUGGUAGUCUUGACGUUGAAGACUUUGGACUCGUCCUCACGACUGGAUGGGGAAAGGAUCCUCCAGAGGAAGCACGGAGGAGUAUCCACGAAAUGAGUGCUACCUUUCCUGACACAAAAAGUCAGACAAUUCUUCAUGUUGCUAGCCAAAGUGCUGGUCCCGAGAUCGUUGAUCUGCUAUUGAAGUACAAAGCAGAUAUAAACGCGAACGACAUGGACGGCUUUACCCCACUGCAUUUGGCAGCGAUGUAUGGCAACAUUCAAGUUGUUAAAAAACUGGUCGAACUCAACGCCGACGUUAACUUGAAAGUGGAUGGAAAGGAUGCGGCUGACUUGGCUCAAAUGAACAGAGAAACAGAAAUUGAGGAGUAUCUUAAACCAAAAAGAAGAGAGAGAGAGAGUCAAUCGGCAGAAAGUCAAUCGGCGGGAAGUCAGUCGCUUUUAAAAGCUGCCGUCAAAGGGGCAGAACAGGGCUUAAAGUAUCUUGAAAGUCGCUUAAAGUUCUUUUAG